UACUUGUUAUAUCAGUCAUCGGAGGUUUUUUAUAAGCGGAGGAUAACAUUCGUAGAUCUGCUUUUCGCAUCUGCUCAACAACUCUACAUCGUCGAAGAUCAAAAACACCAUGGCCGUCGCCCUAGCUAAGCUUCUGAUCUCCGCCGUGGCGGUGUUUAUGCUUGUUUCUGCCUCGUUUGCGACAUCGGAAGUCCCGUUCAUGGUGGUCCACAAGAAAGCCACUCUUAACAGGCUCAAAUCUGGCGCCGAACGUGUCAUCGUCUCCUACGACAUCUACAACCAAGGAUCCUCGUCGGUGUAUGAUGUGACUCUAACAGACAAGAGCUGGGUUAAAGCAAAAUUUGAUGUUGUUAAUGGAAACACUUCUAAGUCAUGGGAGAGACUUGAUGCAGGAGGUAUCCUGUCUCACUCUUUCGAACUGGAGGCUAAGGUUAAAGGAGUCUUCUAUGGUGCUCCUGCUGUUGUUACUUUCCGCAUUCCCACCAAGCCAACUCUACAGGAAGCGUACUCAACGCCACUACUACCUCUUGACAUCCUUGCUGACAAACCUCCAACGAACAUGCUUGACGUGGGCAAGAGGAUAUUAGCGAAAUAUGGAUCACUCGUCUCCGUCAUCUCCAUGGUUGUUUUGUUCAUAUACUUGGUGGCAACACCUAAGUCCAACGUAUCAAAAUCAAGCAGCAAGAAGAAGCGUUAAAGUUAGUGAAAUGAAGGUGAGAAAAGCUGCCAUGGUGCUGUCUUGUGUUUAGCAGUUAAACACAGUUUCAAAGUUUGUAAGAAUUAGAGAACACACUUUAAUUUUGGUGUUGCAGAGGACACACACUUCAAAGAGUUAUUUUGGUUUUGCGUAAUGGCUUUCUGAAAGCAUAGUUAUGGGGAGGUCUCUUUUAUUUUGUUUC